CAAUUUUUCCAGCUAGUCAAAUUACGAAAGCUCGGACUGAGUGAUAAUGAGAUCCAGCGGCUCCCCCCGGAAAUCGCAAACUUCAUGCAGCUGGUGGAACUGGACGUGUCUCGAAAUGACAUCCCUGAGAUUCCAGAAAGCAUCUCCUUCUGUAAAGCGCUGCAGAUAGCCGACUUCAGCGGGAACCCCCUGACCAGGUUGCCAGAAAGCUUUCCUGAAUUACAGAAUUUAACAUGUCUUUCUGUAAAUGACAUCUCACUGCAGUCUCUGCCUGAAAAUAUUGGCAAUCUUUAUAACCUGGCUUCACUGGAACUAAGAGAGAACCUUCUUACGUAUCUGCCUGACUCUCUUACCCAGCUGCGGAGACUAGAAGAACUUGAUUUAGGAAACAAUGAAAUAUACAAUUUGCCAGAAUCAAUCGGAGCUCUCUUACAUCUAAAAGACCUCUGGUUGGACGGAAAUCAGCUAUCAGAAUUACCUCAGGAAAUAGGAAAUCUGAAUAACCUGCUGUGCUUAGAUGUCUCUGAAAAUAAGUUGGAAAGACUUCCUGAAGAAAUCAGUGGCCUGACUUCAUUAACAGAUUUAGUAAUUUCCCAGAACUUGCUGGAAACAAUUCCAGAUGGCAUCGGAAAAUUGAAGAAGCUGUCGAUCUUGAAGGUGGACCAGAACAGACUCACGCAGUUGCCCGAAGCCAUCGGGGAGUGUGAGAGCCUCACAGAGCUGGUUCUUACGGAGAACCGGCUCCUGACGUUACCUAAGAGCGUUGGAAAACUUAAGAAGCUGAGCAACUUGAAUGCAGACAGAAAUAAAUUAGUGUCUUUACCAAAAGAGAUUGGCGGGUGCUGCAGCCUCACUGUGUUCUGCGUGCGAGACAACAGACUAACUCGGAUCCCUGCCGAGGUGUCGCAGGCAACAGAACUUCACGUCCUAGAUGUGGCAGGGAACAGGCUGUUGCAUCUGCCGUUUUCACUGACCACCUUGAAGCUGAAGGCGCUGUGGUUGUCUGACAACCAGUCCCAGCCUCUGCUCACCUUUCAGACGGACACAGACUGUGCCACGGGGGAGAAGAUCUUAACCUGUGUCUUGCUGCCUCAGCUGCCUUCUGAACCUUCCUGUCAAGAGAGCCUGCCUCGCUGUGGCGCUCUGGAGAGCCUGGCGCAGGACGUCUCCGACGACGCCUGGAGUGUGCCUGUCGUGCACAGAGUCAGCGCCAUCCGCUUCGCAGAUGACGAGAAGGAGGAAGACGACGACGACGACGGAACGAGAACACUCCUAAGGCGAGCCACUCCACACCCAGGGGAGCUGAAGAACAUGAAAAAGACAGUGGAGAAUUUACGGAAUGAUAUGAAUGCUGCUAAAGGACUGGAUUCAAACAAGAACGAGGUCAAUCACGCCCUUGACCGAGUGACCACUUCUGUGUAGACUGUCACCGCGGGUUUUACCUCCUGUGUCUUCCCUGCUGUCCAGACAUUCCUGUCUGCUUCCCGGGAGCCGCAGCCCUCUCCUCACCAGCGCCAGAGUCCCUGCUGUCUGGGUUGGCGCCACGCUCCUGCCCAGGAAGUGCCUUACUUGUCCCUCAUCCGGUCACCUGCCCAAGUGGUCUCCUGGCCUGUUCUGUUUUUGUUUUUGUUUUUUUUAAAAUUUCAGUUGUAAUAAGUAGAAUACACUACUGUAAACACCUGACCUUUGUUUUUGUCUUGUGUUGGGGUGAGAGAGAGCAGGAAGGGGGUUUUUAAGCUCUUCCUUCCAUACAGUACUGGGACAUUUUGAACCCAAGUUCUCUUGAACCUACUGACGAGAGGCAGUUUUGUGUACAGGGAAAAAUUGAUACUUUUUUAACCUUUUUUGGCAGCUCAGAUGGUGUAAAUUUUAAAAUUUUGCAGAGGUAUUUCAUAACAAAAAUAUGUAUUUCUUUUUUGUUAUUUUACCGGUACAUGUUUUAGGGUUUGUGCAGGAGAACAGACCAGUCCUAAAGUGUUCGCUUCGGGCGUGCCGUGCGCUUGUGCCUUGCUGUGCCGGCGCCACGUCAGCAGCCGUGAGCAGCGGCGCCACUGAGCAGGGAGGUGGGAGGCGGGCGUGGCACUUUCCACGCGGUGUUGGAUUUUAAUCAGCAGUCUGCUUGGUGGGUUUAUUUUUAACCAAAAAGAUGAAUUACCAAUGAUAUGUAAAUUAUAUUGGUUGAUUUUUUUUUUUGAAUGAUGAACCAAAGGAUUGGACUGCGAAUAAUUUCUUACACUUUAUCUUUUCAUGAAUAAUUUUUUUUAACGAGUGCAGUGUCAGAUCAUGUCUCCUCCAAAGGUGUGUGCCAUUUGUACGAUAAAAUAGAACAGAAAAGCACAAAAAGAGAAACCUGGUUCAGAAACUCAGUGGAUCGAUUAUGUACUGCAAAACAGCGAUACUUACUGAAGACAGCUUUAAAACUUUUAUAUGCAGAUGUAAGACCACAAUACAGUGAAAUAACGUACACUACCGUAAUAGAUUUGUUGCUAUCUUUGUAAGUGCAAUUGAAUUUGUAAAUAGAGUUUGAAUCAAAAUAUAACAAAAUACUGCUUGAAGAGUUAAUUUUAAGUCUGCUAAUUUAAGGGUUACGAGGGUAUGUCUCCGUGUGUCUCUGCUGAUUCCUGUGUGCCGCGAUGAAUGAGCGAUGGAAAAUGCCAGUCACUCUGUGGUUUCUGUCUUUUUUUUUUUAAAGGAGGGGGUUUUCUCCACUAAAUAAACUUAGUGUGGACACUGAC